GAAAAAUCAAAAUCCCUCUCUCACUCGGUCAUUUCCUCCAAACGCCCGCCAAUUCCACAACCGCCUCUCACUCCGUCGUCAAUCUCUAGUCAAAUUUCCAAUCUACCCUUCCCUCGCCGUCGUCCUCCUCCCCGAAAGACACACGCCUAUCCCUAGGGUUUCUGAAAAUGCCCGUGAACCUGACGCCGAACGCCAUCGCGGCGGUGAUAGGCGGCGACUUGAAUUUGAAGCCGUUGGUGCAGGUGAUCGAUAUUAAGCUCAUCGGCACGCAGGAGAGGUACCGAUUCAUGGUCUCCGACGGCGUUUCGUCUCAGCAUGCCAUGAUCUCUUCGCAGCUCAACGACCGAAUCAAGACCAACCGUGUCCAAAUAGGUUCCGUCGUCCAGCUCACCGAGUACAUUUGCACCGUCCUCCAGAACCGCCAGGUUAUUGUUGUGCUGAACAUGGAAACUAUCAUACUGAACUGUGACAUUAUUGGGAAUCCAAAACCAUAUGGUGCACCUAAUUCAGAUGCUCCAAAUGCAUUGCCUAAUGGCAGUUUUCAGCAGUCAGCCAGUAAUCAUAUGACUUCGCAAAAUCCUAUUCACAAUGGACAGAAUAUCAGACCUACUUUUCAUUCUGAGAGGCCGAAUGUCAGACCUCGUCUUCAUCCUGAAAGCUCUGCACACAAUGCGCCAAAUAUUCGAACUACUGUUCAACCUCCUUACCAACCACCUCCACAUUACAAAAAUCGUGGUCCAAUCAUGAAGAAUGAUGCACCAGCACGGAUCAUUCCCAUUAAUGCUCUGAAUCCUUAUCAGGGAAGAUGGGCUAUCAAGGCAAGGGUCACAGCAAAAGGGGACCCCCGUCGGUAUAAUAAUGCUAAAGGAGACGGUAAAGUUUUCUCUUUCGACCUGCUUGACUCUGAAGGAGGGGAAAUAAGAGUUACCUGCUUCAAUGCUGUUCUUGACCGCUUCUAUGAUAUUAUUGAGAUUGGCAGAGUUUACUUGAUUUCAAAGGGAAGCUUGAAACCUGCACAGAAGAAUUUCAACCAUCUGAAGAAUGACUGGGAGAUAACUUUGGAUGCAAGUUCAACUGUGGACCUCUGCCCUGAUGAAGAUGGUUCCAUACCAGCGCAAAACUUCGACUUCAGGCCGAUUAGUGAAAUUGAAAAUGCUGAAAGUAAUUCUAUUGUUGAUGUUAUUGGUAUUGUGAUGUCUGUCAAUCCUUCUGUUCCUAUCAUGAGGAAGAACGGUAUGGAAACUCAGAGAAGAAUUCUGAAUCUAAAGGAUUGGUCGGGCAAGAGCGUUGAGCUAACCCUUUGGGGGGAUGUCUGCAACAGGGAAGGUCAAAAGCUUGAAGAGAUGUUGGCUUCUGGGUUUUCCCCAGUUUUAGCUGUUAAAGCUGGGAAGAUUAAUGAUUUCAGUGGGAAGUCCGUUGGAACAAUUCAUUCUACACAACUAUUUAUAAACCCAGAAAUUUCUGAUGCUCUUACCUUGAGAGACUGGUUUGACCGAGGGGGCAAGGAUACUGCUUCUGUCUCCAUUUCUAAAGACCUUGUUCCAGGAGGAACUAAGAAUGAGAUACGCAAAACCAUUUCUCAGAUUAAGGAUGAAGGUCUUGGAAGAUCAGAUAAGCCAGACUGGGUCACUGUGAUGGCGACAAUAUCUUUCAUUAAGACAGAUUCUUUCUGUUACACAGCCUGUCCCUUGAUGAUUGGAGAUAGGCAGUGCAAUAAAAAGGUGUCGAGGUCAGGAAACAGAGGAUGGCAGUGUGACAGGUGCAAUCAAGAAUUCGAGGAGUGUGAUUAUCGGUAUCUUCUUCAGGCCCAAAUUCAAGACCAUACUGGAUUGACUUGGGCGACGGCUUUUCAGGAAACUGGGGAAGAGAUCUUGGGUUGCUCAGCAAAGGAGCUGUACUUGUUGAAGUACGAAGAGCAGGAUGAUUCAAGAUUUGGAGACAUAGUCCGGAGCAGUAUCUUUAACCAGUUUCUGUUCAAGCUUAAAAUCAAAGAGGAGGUGUAUGGCGAUGAGCAGAGGGUGAAGAUCACCAUAGUGAAGGCAGAUAAGGUGAACUAUUCUUCAGACAGCAGAUACAUGCUUGAUAUGAUUUCGAAAUAUUCUAGGUAAUGUACACGAUCGAGUUAAAUUUUAACGGAUGUAGCUCAGUUGCAACUGAUUGCAAUGUUUGGAGUAGUUACAUUUCUUUUCGGCAAGUUUACACAGAAAUUGAGAUUAUUAUCUAGCGACUGUGAAGCAGAUUAGCAUUUAUAUAGUAGGCACUGUAAAACGUAGGUGUAUUCUCCGGGGACAAUAUAAAUUUCUGCAUUGAGUUCA